AUGUCUUUGACCGAGCCAAAGAGUGAUUUCCAGCGGGUUGAUGGUGCGAGAGAGGCGCAUAGCAUCCUCGAACUUCCAGCAGAUAAAUACACUGUUGGAUGGAUCUGCGCUAUCCCUGUCGAGUUGAGGACUGCUCGCCGUCUCUUCGAUGUUGAGCAUAGCCAACUUAGCAGCCGACCAAAGCAUGACGAAAACAGUUACAACUUGGGUCGCAUCUGCGGGCACAACGUGGUGAUGAUUUGCCUUCCAGAGCUCGGUGGUGUCAAAGCUGCAGUAGCGGCCAAGUCUUUAGAGGUUACUUUCCCAAACGUAAGGUUUUGGCUUAUGGUUGGGAUAGGUGGUGGCAUUCCCAACCCCCCAGAAGUUGACAUUCGACUUGGAGAUAUUGUCGUGUCGAUCCCAACGGAUCAAGGACCCGGAGUCAUCCAGUACGACUUGGGUCGAAUGGAAGUUGAAGGAUUGCGCCGGAAAGGGGCGCUGAACAAGCCGCCAUCUUUACUACUUACUGCAGUGCGCAAUCUGCAGUCAAGAUCGGGAGUGGGGAACGAUAUUUCGAGGAUUUUAAGCGAAGUCGAGCCUGUAGAGGACUCGGAGGGAGAUAUGCAAGCACAAACAUACCCUACGCACUUGGUGGAUAAUCUCUUUCGAGCAAGCUAUACCCACAUCAAAACUCCUGCCUGCGAUUGUGAGAACGAGACGAAUAAGGCCAACACCAUAGAUCGCCGCAAGCGCAACCACCAAAACCCACGAAUCCAUUACGGCAAUAUUGCUUCGGGAAAUGCGGUGGUGAAGAAUGCCUUGGAGCGCGAUCGACUUGCACAAAGAGACAAUGUGAUAUGCUUCGAGAUGGAAGCUUUCGGCCUGAUGGAUGACUUUCCAUGUCUUGUCAUACGUGGAAUUAGCGACUACUCGGACUCCCACAAAACUUAUGCAUGGCAAUCUUACGCAUCAUCAGUAGCUGCCGCUUAUGCUAAGACGCUGCUUAAAAUUAUCCCACCGGAGGAGGUGUCAAAGCUGAAACCUGUUAGGAUAUUAUUCAUCUAUGGCAAUGGCGUUUACUCUGAGAUACAAGUCGAGAACGAAUACUUAAAACUCUCAAAAAGACAUUUUGUGGCAACGAUGAGAACGCAGGGCAAUUUGAACAUAGAAGAUUCGUCAUAUAUGGAAUGGGUGGCGCCGGAAAGAGUGAGCUUCUGGGGUGUCUUCUGGGUUGAUGCAUCAUCAAUUGAGAGUAUUCGUCGUGGCUUCAUUGAUAUUGUCAAAGAAGCUGCCGCGAUGCCGGACAUUACCUUUAAGGAGGCAAAAGCGUGGAUUGAGAACCAAGCUGAGAAGUGGCUUUUGAUCUUCGACAACGCGGACGAUCCAAAUAUCGACUAUCUCAAGUUUUUACCUUCCGGGGAAGGGAGUUGCAUCCUUAUGACCACACGCAACGAUGGCUGCAAGAUUUAUGGCUCCGAAUGCACCGGAUACGAGAAGUUCGAGAAGCUGGAAUUCCCUGAUGCAGUGGAACUAUUGCUUAAGACUGCAGAAGCAGAACGAAACCCACACAACUUGGAAGUGGCCCAAACACUAGUUGGAGAUGAGUCCUUGGCUCAACACAUCCUGUCCAUAGUCCAUGCCGGGGCGUUCAUUAGGCAAGGGCUUUGCAGACUUGAUGAGUACGCUUCGAUGUUUGAAUCUCAGCGAGCCAGGCUUCUUAGUCAACGUCCAAACCAGGCAAACUCUGUAUACGGGGAUGUAUAUGCCACUUUUGAGGUCUCUGCCAAAGCCAUCAACGCUUCACACGAACCAGCAGCGAAGGAUGCCCUCGAAUUGCUCCAAGUUCUAGCUUACUUCCAUCGAGAAGCUGUAUCGGAAGACAUGUUUACUAGAGCUUGGGGGGAAUCGCUAUUUUUUAAGCACGUUAAUUGGAAUGAACCAGAUAGCACAUACAUACUUUCCUCAUGGCAUACAGACCGGUUACAGAAAUUCCUACGUCCAUUGCCCUCGAGUAAGGAACUGGAUCUUUUCUCUAUGCGAAAAGCAAGGAAUGUUCUUUUAUCAUUCUCCUUGGUAAAUGUACACCCGGAUACCUAUGACAUUUCAAUGCAUCCACUUGUUCAUGCUUGGGCGAAGGACCGACUAGAAGUUGAAAUGCAGGAUGAGGCAUGGAGUACUGCAGCUGCAACUCUAGCACUUUCAAUCGACGAUCUGCAUUACUCAGACUACUUCAAUAAUAUUCAGCCCCAUGUAGAAUUCAAUAUCAGUCUUCGACCGAAAGACUAUUUUCUGGCACGGAAACGGAACACCCUGGAAAUAUGUAGGAUAUUUGACCGUUUCUUCUGGAUACUCUACCGUCAACGCAAUGAUACCAGCGCUCUACGUCUGCUGGAUCUUAUUUCAUCUCUACAAUGCCCUGAAAUCCCACCGAACUCACUAAAGUGGCGACACAUCCUCUAUCUUUAUGCAAUUUGUCAUGGCCACCUUGGAAAUUCCAACGAAGAACUGCGAUUUAUUAAAGAGGUGAUUUCAUUCGACGAUAACGCGUUGGAGCCAGACGACCCACAGCGCCUGCAGGCCCUGUACGCCCUAGCCACUGCACUAGACACACAGGGCAAAUAUCAAGAGGCGGUUGAGGUACUCGAGGGAGUCAUACAAAUACAGCAAGAUAUAUUAGAUCCUGAAAAUGAAAGUCUCUUGUCGUCGAAGCACGAGCUAGCCACGGCAUACACAUAUAAUAAGCGGCCAGGGAAAGCUUUCCAGCUGUUUAAAGAGUUAGUGCAAAUCCAAGAGAGAAUUUUCGCUCCUACCCAUCCUGAACGCUUAACAUCGCAGCAUAAUCUAGCACUAGCUUAUAUAGAAAAUGAACAGUUAGAGCAAGGGAUUCAGUUGCUUAAAGAGGUUGUGCAAAUCAGAGAGAGAAUUUACGCUCCUACCCAUCCUGACCGCUUAGGCUCGCAGCAUAAUCUAGCACGAGCUUAUAUAAAGAAUGAACAGCUAGAGCAAGGAAUUCAGUUGCUUGAAGAGGUUGUGCAAAUCAAUAACAGAACUCUCGCUCCUACCCAUCCUAAACGCUUAGCAUCGCGGCAUGAACUAGCACAAACUUAUAUAAGAAAUGAACAGCUAGAGCAAGGAAUUCAGCUGUUAGAAGAGGUUGUGCAGAACAGAGAGAGAAUUCUCGCUCCUAAAGAUCCUGCCCGCUUACUAUCGCAGCAUGGACUUGCGAGGGCUUAUUAUCUGUCUGGCCAAUACCAACAAGCGCUUCCGAUUAUACAGGAAGUGGUUCGAAUAGGAGAAGAAACGUUAGAAGCCGAUGAUCACGAUCGCAUCGCAUCAGAAGAGGUACUUGCCGAUAUUCUCUCAGCAAUCGAAAGACCAGAGGAGGCAGAGAGAGAAAGGCGACAGCAAUUCAGAGCGUGGCGAAAUCAGAGGGAGAGAGAAGAGUCCGAGGAAAAGAAUGACUGGGAAGAGGGUGACCAUGAUAGCAUUCCGGGAAGUAGUCAGGGGGGAGAUGAUUCGACCAUAACCGUGGUGAAAGCUUUCGAACAUCAUAAAAUCAGUGAAAGGAAGGAUCCCACUACUACGAGGAUUCGACGCUGGAUGAAACACAUGAGUUCACGUCGUCGAACGAGGUCUGGAGCAAUGUGA